UAGUCUCCAACAUAUUCCCCCAGCUCAAUGUAAUGUUGCUUAGUUUGACUUUGUAAUGGCAAAGUCAGGUCCUGCUAUUAAGUACCUGUUUCAAUCCAGAGCUGCUUCCUUUCUCCUCCAACAGAGAUUUCCCCGGGCAAACACAUGCGCACCUCACUGCUGAGCUGCUGCUGCCGUUUUUUUUUUUUCUUCAUUAGCAUAUUCAGCCUGUACGUGCUGAAAGUCUUGCCCUCGUUAGCCCCGCCCACUUAAUCCCAUUGUCCAAUCGGAACUCUCCUCUGUUUUUUUCAAGACAGUCCUGCACAGCCCCUCUCCCUAAAGCUGCAGUUUACAGUGUAGGAGACACGGGCGGAAGUGAUGUCAGCAGCUUGAAAAUGGCAACUGCAAUCUAUUUUAGAGAGGGCUUACUUUCAAGACAGCAAGCUGGAUAAAUAAUGCUCAUCCAGAAGAACUGCUAUAGCUGUUUGGGAGGCAGAAGUAUGUCAGACUACACAAGCAAAAAUGGAGUCGAUGCUAAACAAACUGAAAAGCACUGUCACAAAAGUAACGGCCGAUGUCACCAGUGCUGUGAUGGGAAACCCUGUGACAAGGGAAUUUGAUGUAGGCAAGCAUAUUGCAAGUGGUGGUAAUGGACUUGCUUGGAAAAUCUUCAAUGGCACCAAGAAAUCUACAAAACAGGAAGUUGCAGUGUUUGUUUUCGACAAAAAAAUAAUUGAUAAGUAUCAGAAAUACGAAAAGGAUCAGAUUAUAGACUCGCUUAAAAGAGGCGUUCAACAGUUAACCCGGCUCCGGCACCCUCGGUUACUUACUGUGCAGCAUCCACUUGAAGAGUCUAGGGAUUGCCUUGCAUUUUGUACAGAACCAGUCUUUGCAAGCCUAGCCAAUGUGCUUGGGAGCUGGGAUAAUCUUCCAUCUCCGCUUCCUCCUGAAAUCCGAGAUCAUAAACUUUUUGAUGCUGAAGGAAAAUAUGGAUUGCUCCAGGUCUCUGAAGGCUUGUCUUUUUUGCAUAGCAGUGUUAAGAUGAUCCAUGCAAAUCUUACACCAGAAAAUAUAAUUUUAAACAAAAGCGGAGCAUGGAAAAUAAUGGGCUUUGAUUUCUGCAAUCCAGCAACAAACCCCUCUGACCAAGAGGCAAAGUUUUUAUGUAAAGAAUGGGAUCCCAAUUUACCGCCGUUGUGUCUGCCAAACCCAGAAUAUCUGGCUCCUGAAUACAUAUUAUCAGUGAGCUGUGACCCAGUUAGUGACAUGUACUCACUGGGAGUUAUUAUUCAUGCAGUAUAUAACAAAGGGAAAACUAUUUUUGAAGUAAACAAGCAAGAUAUUUAUAAAAGCUUCAGCAGGCAAUUGGAUCAGCUGAGUCGUUUAAACCCAAAUGUGCUUGUGAACAUCCCAGAAGAAGUCAAAGAACACGUAAAGCUUCUCCUGAAUGUAACUCCUGCCGUAAGACCGGAUGCAGAUCAAAUUACAAAGAUACCCUUUUUUGAUGAUGUUGGAGUUGUAACUUUGCAGUACUUUGAUUCCCUUUUUCAACGAGACAAUCUUCAGAAGUCACAAUUUUUUAAAGAGUUACCAAAAGUUCUUCAAAAACUGCCUAAGCGUGUGGUUGUUCAGAGAAUAUUACCAGCAUUAACUUCUGAAUUUGUAAACCCUGACAUGGUGCCCUUUGUGCUUCCCAAUGUUCUGCUGAUUGCAGAAGAAUGCACAAAAGAAGAGUAUAUAAAGCUUAUCCUGCCAGAGCUGGGACCUGUUUUCAGGCAACAGGAACCAAUUCAGGCUAGCAACAUGAUUCUGCUAAUUUUCCUGCAAAAAAUGGAUCUUCUCCUUACAAAGACCCCAUCUGAUGAAAUCAAAAAUAGUGUCUUGCCUAUGGUAUACAGGGCUCUUGAAGCUCCUUCAAUACAGAUUCAGGAGCUGUGCCUCAACAUCAUCCCUACAUUUGCCAACCUAAUAGACUACCCAUCUAUGAAGAACUCCUUAAUACCAAGGAUUAAGAAUGCUUGUUUACAAACUUCAUCUCUUGCUAUUCGUGUAAAUUCUUUGGUUUGCUUGGGGAAAAUUUUGGAAUACCUGGAUAAGUGGUUUGUAAUUGAUGAAUUAUUGCCUUUUUUACAACAAAUUCCAUCACGCGAACCUGCAGUCCUCAUGGGAAUUCUAGGUAUUUACAAAUGUACAUUUACACAUAAGAAACUCGGUAUUACCAAAGAACAACUGGCUGGCAAAGUGCUGCCGCAUCUUAUUCCUCUUAGUAUUGACAAUAACCUUAACCUCAACCAGUUUAAUUCAUUUAUGGCAGUGAUUAAAGAUAUGUUAAAUAAAUUGGAAUCUGAACACAAAACCAAACUUGAGCAAAUUCAUUCUAUGCAAGAACAGCAAAAGUCACUGGAUAUAACAAGCCAACUCAACCAUAGUGCAGAACAACAGCCUGCCAAGUCUGCCAGUCAGCCAAAUAUUUUUAAAAGUAUUGGGCAAGAUUUGCUAUCCGGUGUCAAUGACAAGAAAGAAAAUGGGCAGGUACAGAAGCAGCAAAUAAAGGCAUCACUUACACUUGAAGAGAAGCAAAAACUAGCAAAAGAACAGGAGCAAGUACAAAAAUUAAAAAGCCAACAGCAACUUACUCCUAGCACAGUGACACCUGUGGCACCUGCCAAGCAGACCAAGGACCUGACAGCGACCCUCAUGGAAAACAUGUCAUCCUUGGGUAGUUUCUCAGUUGGUACCUCGAAACCAGCCAUUGGUGGAUUUGCUCCAGUGAUUAAUAUGGCUGGAUUUCCCACACCAGUUGACAAUAUGAGAGCAAAUAGAAAUAUGCAAAAUGGACUUAACUCAAACCCAAGUUUAAAUCCAUCUGCAUUCACCAUGGGAGCUGGAAAUCCUAACCAAAAUGUUUUCAGCAGCACAGGCCCGAUAGGAAUGAACAAAGUUACUGCAAUGCCAGUGCCUUCUAACAUGCACAAUUUUAACUCCUUGGGCAGCACUCCUGGCAUGCUACAACAGAGCCAGAACAUUAGGCCCACUGCUAACAUUUCCUCUUUAGACAAUUUUUUUGGUCCUCAAAAACCCAAAGUAAGUAUGAACCAAAUGUCUCAACAGAAUCAAAAUCCUUGGCUAAACCAAUUUGUACCCUCACAAGGUUCUCUGGCCCCAAGUGGCCCAGCUGCACAGACUGGCGUGAUGAAUCAAGUUGGCUUUGGCACUCAGUCCAAUCCAUUUUUCAACCCGCAGAGCUUUACUCAUCCCACAAAUACUAUGAAAAGUAGUAGUUCGGCCAACAAUGACCUGAAAGACCUUUUUGGCUAGAUCUCUUUUUACAGUAUGUUUUGUAAUCAUGGGUAAACUGGAAUUUAGAUUUGUUUAUGAUCCACCAUUGUACUAUACAUAUGUCCUCAAAAAUGUUGCAAAUUAUUGCAGUCCCUUUUUGGAUUUUGUAGAUUACUUAACUGGGGUUUUUAAGGAAACGUUUAACAUGUAAUUGGUUACUCACGUAUAUCUAUGGCAUAUCAUUAUAAGGGAUACUGUUAUAAAGACUGCAAUGCAGUAACUGAUUUUACAUUUCAUUUGUCUCCUGUACUAAAAAUACAUGAGAUAUUUAUAUACACACAUACAUAUCACAUACAUAUAAAGUAGCCCUUGUUUUAAAAAUAAGAAUAUUACUGAGGACUUCCACGAUCAUGUAAAAGCACAAGGCCAGGUCAUGGAACUCCGAGGUGACUUCUAAUAUCCUCAUAUUUUUCAACUGGGGGUAGUUUAUUUAUAAUAAUACACAAGUUUCAGUGAGUGACAAAUGACAUUAGCAUGUUUUAAUUUCUCUA